UUUUUCCACUGAAAGAAAUAAUUUAGUUUUUUACUGAUUUACAUAGACAUGAUAAUUAGGGAACGUCGCUAUCUCGAAACAAGCUGAUUAAACAAUAUUGAAUCUUAUCGAAGCCGCACGCUGCCGAAACCGCACUUCAAUUACUUCGAAAAUUGCACAGAUUAGUACAAAAAGACAUUAUCGUGCCUGUGACGGCAUUUUAAGGCAACACAAGAUGAAAAUAACUAUUGCCACAGCCUUUUUUCUCUGUGCCUUUGUAGUGUUUGUGAAGGCAAAUAACUUGGCAAGCCUUGGGGAGGAAACAGGAGAUCUUGAAGAUGAGCUCAAUGAGCUGGAGACGAUGGAAAUCCAAGAUGCACUCAUGGGACCGCCUAAACCACCGGUCAAUUUAGAUUAUGCUUUUGAGGCAUUUCUAAAGUGUUUCAUGGAAAAAAAUAAGGGAAGGAUGGACAAGAAAUGCAUUCAGGAGUUUAAAAAGCUUCUCCCUGCAGAUAUGCCGCGUCCUAGGAAAGGGGGACUGAUCAGAUGUGCUGUUCGCAGCUUCAAAAAUUGCAACAAAAAACCAAAACAUCACGAAGCUCUUGACUGCAUGAGGCACUUUAAUGACUGUGUGGAAAACGGUGAAGAAGGAUCUGGUUACUAGCUAGUUCUAGUUCUAUAUCCAACGGUUUAUCAUCGAGGGUUAGCAUUGUUGGAAAAUAUCACAUGGAAUAGAUGGAUUCGUUUGGCCUGAGUUUAAUAAACCUGUCUCCAGACACUGCCCUCUGCA